CUCUCUCUCUCUCUCUCUCUCUCUCUCCUCCGCUACGAAACAAAUCAACGGCGACCUCUCCCUUCCUCUUUCUCUCUCUCUCUCUCACGUCGACGAAACCCUAACCCUAAUCCCCGAUCCCCGAUCCCCGCUCCGGAACGUCGACAACGGAUCCACGGCUCCUCUCUGCAGCAUCUUCAAGCCCUAAUCUCCGCGGAGGACCCGUAAUCCUUCGCCUCCUCCUCCUCCCUCAGCUUUGUGGAUCAAAGGAUUUUGGAGCCGAUUCCGUCGUUUCCGUCUCAGAUCUCGGCUCUUGCUAGGAUCUAGAGGGGUUUCGAGCAGUGAUUCUCAUGGAUGGGGCUUCGAGCAACGGCGCGGCCGCUUCGGUGCCGCUGGCGAAGUGGAGGAGCGAUUUCUCGAGGACUUUCCAGUACUAUUUGGAUAGAUCCACGCCUCACACGGUCGAGAGGUGGAUCGGAACGUUCGUGGUGGCCGCGAUCUACGUUCUUCGAGUUUACUUUGUCCAGGGGUUUUAUAUUGUGACCUACGGCUUGGGGAUCUAUUUGCUGAAUCUCCUGAUAGGGUUUCUGUCGCCAAUGGUGGAUCCGGAGCUUGAGGCAUCGGAUGGGCCGGCUCUGCCGACGAGGGGCUCGGAUGAGUUCAAGCCCUUCAUUCGUCGCCUUCCUGAGUUCAAGUUCUGGUAUGCUAUCACAAAGGCAUUUUGUGUCGCUUUUGUGAUGACUUUCUUCUCCGUGUUCGAUGUUCCUGUAUUCUGGCCUAUACUUCUCUGCUAUUGGAUCGUUCUCUUUGUCCUCACAAUGAAGCGCCAGAUUCUACAUAUGGUCAAAUACAAAUACGUGCCUUUUGACCUUGGAAAGCAGAAAUACAAAGGCAAGAAGCCCUCGUCAAGUGGCGGUUUAUCUAAGGAUUGAUCUCCGCCAUGCUUAGGAGGUCGCAUUUGGCGCCCGGCAUGCAACAUUCGUGAAAGUAAAACAUACUUAUUUCUAGAUUUUAGAGAACCUGAACAGUUUACUACCUGCUAGUUGUUGCUAAUUCGUUUUCUUUCAAUAUUGUUUGGUUUGCGCGAUAGCACGCUUCCCAAAACUUCUGCAUAUAUAUAUAAUAUAUAUUGCUGUGAUUCUUAUUCCCCAUAUAAUCAGGUAUGCUUAUUUUUGUA